ACCCACCUGUUCGCUAAUUUCAGUUCCGAUAGAAAAUUGCUUUUUUACUCUUAUCGUACGUGAACAAUAGAGUAUUGUGUAAAUCUAAAGUAUAUAAAACAUUUCUAUCAGAACGUAACAAUUGCUCCAAAGACUUUCAGUUGACUGCCUCACGUUGUGGCAUGAUGGUUGAAUUAUAGACUUAGAAACGAAACAAUGAAAACGUUACUCAUCGCUGUCCUGCCAUUAAUCUUGUCAGCGGAUUGCUACAAGAAUAAAUUCCUGUCACAAAACUUGGAUUCGGAACCUUCUCUAUCAAUUCUUUACGCGCGCGACAAGAAAAGUGACUUGGUAACAAAUGAAUGCCUCAUGGAAAUGUACCCUAAGAGCCUGUAUAAAUACCCCUUGCAUAUAGACCGGAAUGAUAUCCCCUGUAUAAUACAUUGUGUUUUGAAGAAGUUUGGUAUCAUGUCUAACGAUGGUGUUAUCAAUAUUCAUAAUUACUAUAGAAGGGUUCAAGCUAUACAUAGGUAUGACCCUAGAAUACUGAUUUCUGAUGUAGGGGAAACUUGUGCACAGAAUAUAAACGGCAUGAAUUUGGAUCAUGACGUGUGUAAAAAGGCUAAAGUGUUUAAUGAUUGUACGCAGUUGUAUGUUAUAUCUUUUAAGGAUAUUGAUGACUGAU